AUGAAGCCUAUGUUACUAGCUCUCUCCUUCCUUCUGUCAACCUCUAUGAUAACACUGUUUUCCGAAGCAGCUAGAGCUUCAGGAAAUGUAUUACGUGACCUUAAAGGCGCUAAAGCUUCAGGAAAUGUAUUACGUGACCUUAAAGGCGACGAGCUUCGCGCUGUAAUAUUCUCAACUUCUGAUGAGGAAAAUGUAAUUACGGAUUCCACUCCAUUAUCCAUCAGUUUUGAUACCAAAUCUAGUUGUGCUGAAUCAACCACAUGGAUAAUUAAAGAAGAUGAGUCCUCAACAUCAGCAGGAUUUUUUGUGACUGUUGGUGGAGCUAAAGAUUAUAGAAACACUGAAUUCAGGUUGAUCAACGAGGGAGGAAUAUUGACUUCCAACUACAAGCUACGAGCCAUCUUCGUGGUUCGUGGCUUAGGCUAUAUCAGUGCUGUUGGUGUCGAAGACAGCCUAGUUGGAGCUAGACGUUUGUCUAUGACAGAGGCACCAUUAUUGGUUUCAUUUAGAAAAGUCGAAGACGAUAUUAACGGAUUAAGAAAUGAGUAA